AUGGAACCUGCGCAAGGCAAAAAUCUGGGUGAUGUCUGGUAUGCCUUAUCUGGACAGGAGAGAAGAACUGUAGUUUCAAACCUCGUGCAGCUUGAAUCUCGUCUGUUCAGCUUACGAUUUCCAGCAAGUAGAAGCUUAUCCCGUUCUUUCUGGAUUGGGCCUGAUACUUCGCUUGCUUUAUGGCACGGGAAACGACUGGGCUUGUCUGUUGAGCGUGGACCAUACCAAGAUUCGUUAGCAGUCCUUACUGCUAGUACAACAAAAGAGAUUACAUAUCUCAAAAGAUUUGGACGGGCUCUCCGGCCGUUUCAACGUCUGUCCAGGGAGGUAUACAAUUAUCAGGCGCAAUCACACCUAGACCAUAUCAUGAACCUCAAGAGAUAUCUCCAAAUUACGCCUCGCCUUACACCGCAUGACUGCCCGGCUCUUCAUCGCCCAGCAUUACGACAUCCUGAUCUUCAGCCCAACAACAUAUUCAUUUCUGACGAGCUAGAGAUCAAAAGUCAACACAGUACCGUGCUUCCAUUAUUUCUACAAUACGGUAUUCCAAAAAGUCUCCAGAACUAUGGCGACGAAGUUUCCGAAUCACUACAAAUUCCCCGUCUACCAAGCAAUUUCGAUCAACUGGAAGAAAUGCAACAGUUCCAGCAAGCUGAACUCUUCCGCAGACGCCAGCUUCACUAUUUCUAUGUCAAGAUGACGGCAUACAUGAAUAUUGAGCAUUAUAAUGCCUUGACGUACGAGUACAGUACACUACGGCGGCGGCUUUUUCAACAUACCACUGACCCUUGGGAGGGUGAUAAUGUAACCCUGAAAGCUGAUUUGGUUACUCUAACAAGAGAAUGGAGAGAGUUUAGCCGCGACUCGAAAGACGCCUGCCCAAUUCAGUUUUCAGAUAAUGAAUCUACUGAAUGUAUUCAACUAGCCGGCGCACAAUCUGAAGCAUGCGAACAACUACAGUACAGGCUUGUCAGGAUGCGAUUGGAGUUGGGCAUGAAGGUUGGGUCCCUAUCGCACGAUAUUACCAGGCAAAGGCGAGCGAGAGAAAGUUGA